GCUCUCACCAUCGCGGCAGGCAACACUCGAGCUCACUCCUUCUGGCCUCCUGCGGGUGCGCCGACAUGAGGAUGACUGCCUCCCGAUUUUUUGUUCCGGCUUGUCAAUGACCGGAAACGAUGCUGCCGACGGAGCUUUCCCGCUACGUCGCGGCCGGAUGCUUGAGUCUCGCCAAGACCGGGAACCGACUUCCCGACGAGAUUUGGUCGCUUGUGCAGCCCGGAGAAUGGCAUCAUCUCGUCUCUUUUACGGACUCGGAUUCGGAUGAGCAGGAUGGGAUUCGCAGUCAGCAUCAACGAAAUGGCAAUGGCCAUCACCAGGCAGCCCAGGACCAUGCUGGUUCUCACCGUCUUGUCUUUCUUGAUCCUGGGGUCCAGCAUUGCCUAGUCUCCCAUCCCGGGCCUCUCGCCCCCUUCGGCGCUCUUCUGCGCAAAGGUUGGGUCCACAUGAGUCUCGGCAUCAGCUUGAACGACCCGGAAAUGGCCCUCGUCCGGGUCUACCUCCUUCCAGACGAUAUUGAGAACCGCAGCAUCCCCCGCUCGGAUGCCGCGCUGCGGAAGGCGAGGCUCAGUCUGCUUGCGCAGCUGGACUUCUCACGGAGCACUUGGCGAGGGGAGACAAGUGCGCACUGCUCCCCAAGCCCAUUGCCCUUUGCCGAUUCCGAAGAGACAGCCGCCCUGCAGGUUGGCGAAGAGCAGCAGUCUUUGUUGCAGAUGUUCAACAGCAUGCCGUCGCCUGAUCCGAGGCCAGAAGAUAUCUGCGAUCUCGAUGUCCGUGAUGCCGCCUACAGACUGUUGAACAGCGAUGUGCCCGGUCUCACAACCACUUUAUACCUGUACCAGCGCCGAUCGGCAGCCCUGAUGCUCCAGAGGGAGUCGCAGACCCAGCAGGUGCUGGAUCCGCGCCUGGCCGUGGUCGCCGACCAGCUGGGCUCUCCAUGGUACUACGAUGCCGUCGCGGGCACCGUUCUUCGGGAGCCAAGGCACUACGACGCGCCGUGCGGUGGCAUCCUUGCCGAAGAAAUGGGUUCGGGAAAGACACUGAUAUGCCUGGCGCUCAUCCUAGCCACGAGGCAUAUUCCAUCUGCCACCCCGGACCAUUUACGGACGGAUGAGCCGGUGAUCCGUCGUCGAGUUGGGAGCCUAGCUGACAUGGCUGCGGCGUGCAUCACGCGUAACUCCGUGCCCUGGAAGCAUGUGUUCUGCGGACUCGGGUCGGACGACGUUGAGUAUCCUCGUUGCGUCGACGCAAUCCGGCGAAACGAGGGUUUCUAUCAUCUGCCUCCACCGCCGCGCCGCCGAGUGACCCGGCAGCCGGCUACCACUCCACCGCCAACAAAGAUACGGUUGAGUCACAGCUCCCUGGUCGUCGUCCCGCCCAACCUUGUGCAGCAAUGGAAAGAAGAAAUUGCCAAGCACACGAUGGGCCUGAAAGUCCUGAUCAUGGACAAGAAACAGCAGCUCCCGCCUGUAGAGGAACUCGUCGAGUACGACAUUAUUCUGUUCUCAUCGACGCGCUUCGAGAGGUUGUGGGAGGACCACCCGGACUUUGAUCGGACUGGUUCUCAGAUUCUCUCGAGCCCUCUGGCGACCAUCCACUUCAAACGCUGUAUUGUCGACGAAGGCCACAAGCUGGGCAAUUCUACGAUGCACAAAAAGAGCAACUUGCACUUGAUCAUCGAUCACUUGCAGAUAUCCGCCAAGUGGAUAGUGACUGGCACGCCGUCCAAGGGGCUCUUCGGGGUUGAUAACAAAACCCCUAGUCAACAUCCUAAUGGUGGGCCACGUCACCCCACCAGACAACAAGUCGAAUCCUCGCCGGAUAUGGAAAGGGAAGAUCUCAGACGUAUCGGCUCGAUUGCGACGCUCUACUUGCAUAUGCGGCCUUGGGCUAACCAGUGGGCCGAGGUCGGGGACACACCGGCGGACUGGGCAGUGUACGUCAUGCAACCCAGGCAUUCUGCCCGGAGCACUGGGAGCGCAGCGUGCCUCAGGACGACGCUUGAGUCGCUGAUUAUCCGGCACCGCUUGUCCGAGAUUGGUGACCUGCUCCCAAGUGUGGACGAGAAGGUCGUCUGGCUCGACGGGUCGUUCCAGGAUCGACUGGUCCUCAAUCUCUUCUCUAUGAUGAUUAUCUUCAACGCUGUCCAGUCUCAGCGGACGGACCAGGACUAUUUCUUCCACCCCCGGCAGAGGAAGGCCCUGAUCGAGCUGGUGUCCAACCUGAGACAGGCGAGCUUCUUCGGCGGGUCGUUCUUCUCGCCCGCCCAAAUCCACAAGGCGAUCGACACGGCCGAGGACUUCCUGAGAGAAGGCAAGGUUCCGAUCAGUGCCGCGGACGAAGCUUUGUUGCGGGAUGCGAUAGACUUCGGAAGGUUAGCGGUACGGAACAGCAUCAAGACUUGCGCCAAUCUGUUUCGCGAGGUGCCGCUGUACAUCCAGAACUUCCCCUUCGGAGCAGGCCGUGAGUGGUCCCUCGAUCUGGAGGAUGGUGACCCAGUCCUCACCGAUUCGCGCCUGGUUUCUGCGCUCCAAAAGUUCCUCCACCCCUUGGUCGACGCCCCGACGUCAUUGCAGAUCAUGUUUGACAGCGGCCGGUUUGCCGAGCGCGGCCGUGAAGAGCGGCUCAAGGGAAUCGAGGAUCAAGUCCCGAACGGAGAGGCGGCGGCGCAGCAGAAGGGUCAGCAGAAGAGGCUUGCUGGAAAUACAGAGCAGGGUCAGGAUAACAGCUCUCCGGGCAGACGGCGCUCCGCCAUCUUGACCAACCUGAUGAUCCCCAAGAGCGACGAGACUGCCAUCAGUGCCGAAACAGCCGCCGAAGCAGACGUCGCCGCCUCCUUGGCAGGUGUCCAGCUCAUCGCCACGGCGUCGGCAAAGCUCUCUUACCUGGUCGACCAGAUCGUCAAGCACCAACAGUCGGAGCAGAUCAUCAUCUUCUACGAGAACGAUAAUGUGGCAUACUACCUCGCCGGCGUUCUUGACGUGCUUCAGAUUCAGUACCUGAUCUACGCCAAGGGCUUGACACCUCAGCGAAGGGCGCAAUACGUCGCAACUUUCAACCAUAACCCGAAGUUCCGGUAAGAAAGAUAGACGUCCCCGUCCCCAUACCAAGCGGGAGGGGGGAAAUAGUACGCUAACAAGUCUACGUC